AUGAUCGAUUCACUCAUCAGCAUAGCGUUCUGCCUGUCAACUGCCAUCACCGUGUUGAUCUUGUUGCUUCCAUCGCAAUAUGAACCAGAGCAAGCGAAACCCCCAACUGGGUCAAAAGACCGCAAAAUACCCAAGACCAGUGUUCAGAUACUGGUUCUUGGUGACAUUGGCCGAAGCCCGCGCAUGCAAUAUCAUGCAUUGAGCAUUGCGAGGCAGGGCGGGGAUGUGGAGAUCAUUGGAUACAAAGAGUCUGACCCUCACCCCGAAAUAUUGUCUCAUCCAAAGAUAUCGAUCGUCCCAUUACAUCCACACCCUGCCGUCUUACAGACUAGCAACAAGCUGCUAUUCGUGAUCUGCGGGCCUUUGAAGGUGCUUUUCCAAGUGGCUUGUCUCUGGAAAUGUCUAGCCUAUAGCACAAAGCCUUCCAAGUGGCUUUUGGUUCAGAACCCUCCCUCCAUCCCAACCCUCGCAAUUGCCUCUCUCGUCUGUUUCCUGAGACAGACAAAGCUAGUCAUUGAUUGGCAUAACUUCGGAUACUCUAUUCUCGCCUUGAAACUUGGACAGCGUCAUCCAUUGGUAAAGCUGUCAACAUGGUAUGAACGAGUCUUCUGCCGACCUGCUACGGCGCAUUUCUGCGUUACAGAUGUUAUGAAGUCUGUGCUUGAGCAAGAUUUUGACCUGCAGGCGCCCGUAUUACCGCUCCAUGAUCGUCCAGCCAGUCACUUUAGCCCCAUUCUUGACCCCGCUGCUCGUACUAGAUUCCUCGAAACCCUUCCGGAAACUAGCACAGUUCGCUCGUCCUUGCUACAAGGCACUCUCCGAGUGCUUGUGAGUUCAACUUCCUGGACUGCAGACGAGGACUUCUCGGUUCUCAUUGAUGGUCUUGUUCGGUACUCUGAAUUGGCAACCACAACACAUACCCAUCUCCCUGAAGUAUUGGCUAUAAUAACAGGAAAGGGCCCACAGAAAAAAAUGUACAUGGACCAAAUUGCCUCUCUUCAGAAGUCAGGCAAGCUGCAGAAGGUCACCAUCCGGACUGCGUGGCUGAGUGUGCAUGAUUAUGCCCAGCUACUGGCUUCAUCCUCAUUGGGAGUAAGUCUGCAUACCAGCAGCAGUGGGGUAGAUCUCCCUAUGAAAGUUGUAGACAUGUUCGGUGCAGGUCUUCCAGUUGUGGGGUGGGAUCGAUUCAGAGCAUGGCCGGAGCUGGUGACAGAGGGUGUCAAUGGACUAGGAUUCGGAAGCUCGGUGCAAUUGGCGGAGCAUUUGCUAGAGCUGUUCGGGGAUGACAACAAGCUGGAAAAUCUUCGGCGAGGCGCUCAGAACGAGAGUCGUCGGCGAUGGAACGAUGAGUGGGAUCCUAUUGCAGGCACUCUAUUUGGGUUUACAUAG